GGACGGACGCUGUUCAUCACUAUGUCCCGGACAGCGGGCCGUCAGCAGGGCACACUGCAGGCUCUCGCGCUCCUCUGGGUCCUGCUGGGCGUGGUGGUGCCCUUGCCGGCUGGCACUCGAGCCAACAGCUCCCUGCUGGACUCCAGGGGCUGGAGCACCCUGCUGUCCAGGUCUCGUGCCGGGCUGGCUGGAGAGAUCGCUGGAGUGAACUGGGAAAGUGGGUACUUGGUGGGCAUCAAGCGGCAGCGGCGGCUCUACUGCAACGUGGGCAUCGGCUUUCACCUCCAGGUGCCCCUCAAUGGCCAGAUCAGCGGGACCCACGAAGAGAACCCCUACAGCCUGCUGGAAAUCUCCACAGUGGAGCGCGGAGUGGUGAGUCUCUUUGGAGUGAGAAGCGUCCUCUUCGUUGCCAUGAACAGGAGAGGAAGACUGUACGCAACGCCCAGAUUCCAAGAUGAAUGCAGGUUCAGAGAAAUCCUUCUGCCCAACAACUACAACGCCUAUGAGUCAGACUUGUACCGAGGGACCUACAUCGCACUCAGCAAAUAUGGACGGGUAAAGCGGGGCAGCAAGGUGUCCCCAGUCAUGACCGCCACUCACUUCCUCCCCAGGUUGUAGAGACGCACAAUUGAAGGUCACAGAU